AUGGAGAGCAAGGGUUAUAAUGGGCAUGUGCUAGUAGUUCCAUUCCCAACCCAAGGUCACAUUAACCCAAUGCUCCAAUUCUCCAAGCGGUUGCUCUCCAAAGGGAUCAAGGCCACCCUAGCCAUUACCCUCUUUAUCUACAAAUCCAUAAACCAUGAAUCCUCUGCCUCUGUUCAAAUCGACACAAUAUCUGACGGCUGUGAUCAAGGCGGCUUUGCGGAAGCCGAUGGUGUCCAGGACUACAUCAAACGACUGGAAACUGUUGGUUCAAAGACCCUAGCUGAACUCAUUUUGAAACACAAAGAAUCUUCUAACCCUGUUGAUUGCAUAGCAUAUGAUGCUGCAAUGCCUUGGGCUCUUGAUGUAGCCAAGCAAUUUGGCUUAAUCACAGCUCCCUUUUUCACUCAAAUGUGUGCAGUUGAUUAUAUAUACUAUAAUGUUCAUCAUGGCCUACUUAGUCUCCCAGUUUCUUCGACGCCUGUUUCGCUUCCAGGAUUGCCAUUGCUUGAGCAUGGAGACUUGCCAUCCUUUCUCUGUUCUUCAGAAGGGUCAUAUGCAGCUUAUUUGAAGAGGGCGUUGAACCAGUUCUCUAACUUGGACAAAGCUGAUUGCAUUCUUGUCAAUACCUUCUACAACUUAGAAGACGAGGUGGUGGAUUCAAUGUCUAAAGUGUGUCCAUUGCUGACUAUUGGUCCAACAGUUCCAUCAAUCUACUUGGAUAAACGUAUCCCAGAUGACAAAAAUUACGGUGUCAAUCUCUUCACAUUAGACUAUUCUACCAGCAUCAACUGGCUAAGCAGCAAGCCACCAGGGUCUGUGAUUUAUGUUGCCUUCGGCAGUGUGACUUGUCUAAACAACGAGCAAAUGGAGGAAGUUGCAUGGGGUUUAAAGCAAAGCAACUGCUACUUUUUGUGGGUCGUAAGGGCGACAGAGGAAGAGAAACUCCCGAAGGAGUUCAAAGAAGAAACCGUUGAUAAGGGUUUAAUUGUUAACUGGAGUCCUCAAUUAGAAGUGCUAUCAAAUGAGGCCGUUGGCUGUUUUUUAACACAUUCUGGAUGGAAUUCAACGACUGAAGCAUUGAGCUUGGGAGUUCCAAUGGUGGCAAUGCCACAAUGGACUGAUCAGCCGACAAAUGCUAAGUUUGUCGAGGAUAUAUGGAAGAUGGGAGUCAGAGUUAAGGCUAAUAAUGAUGGGAUCGCCAGUAGAGAACAGAUUGCAUCUUGCAUAAUGCAAGUGAUGGAGGGAGCGAGAGGGAGAGAAAUGAAAGAAAAUGCUAAAAAAUGGAGGGACCUUGCUGUAGAGGCAAUGAGUAAAGGAGGAAGCUCAGACAAGAACAUCGAUGAAUUCGUGUCAAAGUUGACAGACAAGAACUUGGCUGAUAAUUAA